AUGCCUUCGGAAUAUCCGUUUUGGUUGGGAGGUGUCGCCGCCUCUAUGGCUGCCUCAUGCACACACCCGCUGGACGUAACCAAAGUCCGGAUGCAAACCCUUGCCAGGGAGGCUGGGGAGAAACGGCCUUCAACGAUUCGUGUCAUCCAGUUGUCCAUCCAGCAAUCAGGAUUCCGAGGCCUUUAUGUCGGCUUGACUGCUUCUCUAAUGAGACAAAUGUCCUAUUCCCUCGUUCGCUUGGGGUCAUAUGAAACAAUCAAAGGGUACAUGUCCAAGGAUGGCCCGCCUAGCACACUGAAAUCGCUUUUCGCGGCCACUCUCGCGGGAGGUCUAGGGGGUAUUGCUGGGAACCCCGCUGAUAUCCUGCUCGUUCGGAUGACCAGUGACAUUACCAGACCUGCGGACAAGCGAUACAACUACUCCAAUGCUUUUACUGGCCUGAUCAGCCUCGUCAGAGAAGAAGGCUUUGCCGGCCUGACUAGAGGACUGGGAGUCAACAUGUCCCGCGCCGUUUUGAUGAACGCGUCGCAAGUGGGAUCCUAUGACCUCAUCAAGACAAACCUACUCGGAAAGGUGGUCCCGGGAACCGACUACCAUCUUCGCGACAAUCUUCUGUUGCAUGUAAUCUCCAGUACCUUGGCCGGCACUGUUGCUACCACUGUCUCAUCCCCGGCUGAUGUGAUCAGGUCAAGGGUCAUGGCAUCUGCUUCCGAGCAUACCACGCCCGCCCGAGUCCUUGUAGAUUCAUUGAGGCAAGAAGGUAUUCGCUUCCUGUUCAAGGGCUGGACUCCUGCGUUCGUCCGUUUGGCACCCAACACAGUGCUUCUAUUUGUGUUUUAUGAGCAAUUGAGGAUCGCAUGGAGAACUACCUUCCAUUCCAAGUGA